CAUUUUAAAAUUCGCGAUAUAAGCUCCUUUGUGCUAAAUCCAUUUGGGCUUUUCAAAAAAAGAAAAAUAUAUAUAUACAUAUAUAUAAUUUUCAAAGUGAAAUUAAUCGACAUAUGCAAUAUACUAAUCCAUAUCGAUUUUUGGGAAAUAAAGUAUGUAAAUGAAUUCUUCUAGUCAUUGUAAAUUGCUGUUGCCUUCCAUAUAAACAAUACAUUGAUACUUAAGAUUGUCAAAUAUUAGAAGGCCGUUAGAAUGGGUUCUCUGUUUCGUAGCGAGGAAAUGGCCCUUUACCAGUUAUUCCUUCAGAGUGAGGCAGCUUACGCAUGCGUCUCAGAAUUGGGGGAAUUAGGUUUGGUGCAAUUUAGAGACUUGAAUCCUGAUGUUAACGCUUUCCAACGUAAAUUUGUGAAUGAAGUGAGGCGUUGUGAUGAGAUGGAACGGAAGCUACGCUAUUUGGAGAAAGAAAUAAAAAAGGAUAACAUUCCAAUGCAGGACACUGGAGAGAGUCCCGAAGCACCCCAACCGCGGGAAAUGAUCGAUUUGGAGGCCACAUUUGAAAAACUUGAAAAUGAAUUACGCGAAGUUAAUCAAAACGCCGAAGCUUUAAAACGGAACUAUUUGGAGCUAACCGAAUUAAAACAUAUUUUGCGUAAAACUCAAGUAUUUUUUGACGAGUCGGUUCAUACGAUAUCAUACAAUGCGACAUCAUAUAAAUCAAGGCGUUAUCGACAGAUGGCCGAUAAUCAAAAUGAAGAUGAACAAACUCAGCUAUUGGGCGAAGAUGGAGCAAAAAUCAAUCAGUCUGGGCAAAAUCUCAAAUUAGGUUUUGUUGCUGGCGUUAUAUUACGAGAGAAAUUGCCGGCUUUUGAGCGUAUGCUAUGGCGUGCCUGUCGUGGCAACGUAUUUCUACGUCAAGCUAUGAUUGAAUCGCACUUAGAAGAUCCCUCAAGCGGUGACCAAGUUCACAAAUCGGUGUUCAUAAUUUUCUUUCAAGGGGAUCAAUUGAAGAUUCGUGUGAAGAAAAUUUGCGAAGGUUUUCGAGCUACUUUGUAUCCUUGCCCCGAGGCUCCGACAGAUCGUCGAGAAAUGGCGAUGGGCGUGAUGACACGAAUUGAAGAUUUAAAUACGGUAUUGGGUCAGACUGAAGAUCAUCGACGUCGCGUUUUAGUCGCUGCAGCCAAAAAUCUAAAAAAUUGGUUCGUGAAAGUGCGCAAAAUUAAGGCCAUUUAUCACACUUUGAACUUGUUUAACUUGGACGUCACUCAGAAAUGUCUGAUUGCUGAGUGCUGGGUGCCAGCACUGGAUAUUGAGACUAUACAUCUGGCUCUACGUCGCGGUACAGAGCGGUCGGGUUCUUCGGUGCCGCCAAUUUUGAACAGAAUGCAAACCUAUGAAAAUCCUCCAACCUAUAAUCGCACUAAUAAAUUUACCAAAGCAUUUCAGGCUCUAAUUGAUGCCUAUGGUGUAGCCACUUAUCGUGAAAUGAAUCCAGCUCCCUAUACAAUUAUAACAUUUCCCUUCCUGUUUGCCGUCAUGUUUGGCGAUUUGGGUCAUGGAGCGGUUAUGGCUUUAUUUGGCUUAUGGAUGAUACGGAAGGAAAAGGGUUUAGCCGCGCAGAAAACUGAUAGUGAAAUAUGGAAUAUAUUUUUUGGUGGCCGUUACAUAAUCUUUUUAAUGGGCGUAUUUUCUAUGUAUACUGGUCUCAUUUAUAAUGAUAUCUUUUCGAAAUCAUUGAAUAUAUUCGGUUCGCAUUGGCAAAUAUCGUACAACAAAUCGACGGUAAUCUCAAACAAAUUUCUGCAAUUAAAUCCGGAAACUGCUGAUUACACUGACACUCCCUAUCCAUUCGGUAUGGAUCCUAUUUGGCAAGUGGCUGGUGCGAACAAAAUUAUAUUCCAAAAUGCAUACAAAAUGAAAAUUUCCAUCAUUCUUGGCGUCAUUCAUAUGAUCUUUGGUGUGAUUAUGAGUUAUUAUAAUCACACAUACUUUAAGAAUCGUUUAUCUCUGAUAUAUGAAUUUAUACCACAAAUGGUAUUUUUGCUAUUUUUGUUCUUUUAUAUGGUUUUAUUAAUGUUCAUCAAAUGGAAUCGUUAUUCCGCCAAAAAUUAUGGACGAUAUUCGGCUUCUUGCGCUCCCUCAAUAUUGAUUACCUUCAUUGAUAUGGUAUUAUUUAAUACGCCAAAGCCUGUGCCCGAACCUUGUGAAGUGUAUAUGUUCGGUGGUCAACAUUUUUUCCAAACGAUAUUUGUUCUUGUAGCGUUGGCUUGCAUACCAGUUAUGCUUUUGGCUAAACCUUUGAAUAUAAUGAAACAGCGUCGUCAAGGCAAUGAAGAGGUUCAACCCAUUGCUGCUGGUUCAACCAGUGACGUUGAAGUGGGCAUGUCUAAUGGCCAAAUAAGUCAAGGUGUCGAUCAUCAUGAGGAAGAAGAACUUUCUGAAAUUUUCAUUCAUCAAGGCAUUCAUACCAUUGAGUACGUUUUAGGUUCUGUUUCACAUACUGCUUCAUAUUUGCGCCUAUGGGCUUUGUCAUUGGCGCAUGCACAACUUGCUGAAGUUUUAUGGAAUAUGGUUCUUUCCAAUGGUUUAAAAAAGGAAAAUUGGUUCGGUGGAAUCAUAUUGACUGUGGUAUUUGCCGCUUGGGCCGUUCUAACUAUUGGAAUUCUGGUUCUGAUGGAAGGUCUCUCCGCUUUCUUGCAUACCUUACGUUUACAUUGGGUUGAAUUCCAAAGUAAAUUUUAUCAAGGUAAAGGAUACGCAUUUCAACCAUUUUCAUUCGAAUCUAUUGUUGAAAACAGCUCUUCUAGUAGCCAAACUGAGGGAGAGUAAAUUGAAAAAAUUUCUUUCUUUAUAAAAAAAAAAAAAAAAU